CCCACCCACAUGGAACCAAAACUUCCUCAUGUUUCUGGUGCACAACCCCAUCCAAACUCAGUGGCAGUGGCAUAUAUAAUCAAGAGCAAAGUCCCUUUACAUCAUUACAUGCUCUGACAUAGCUCAAAAAAUGUCACCAAUGGCAGUUCUAGCACCUGGGUCUUUGUCUCACUCGCCAGUACUAACUUCUAAGUCUUUUGCUCGACGGCCCAUGACGCAUUCAAGCUGUUUCAAUGUCAGUCCAAGGUUGUUUGCAAAUGAGAGUGGACAUUUGUUGGUUUUCCACUUCUUCAGACUCUCAACUUUCAGGAUUAGAAGCUUUCAGCAGGAUGAUUCAGGGAGUUAUGAGGAUGCUAGAUCCAAAGACGUUUUAGAUGAAGGAGAUAGUUUAACUGAUGUGGUGCUUGGAAAUGGGAAUAAUGGACAUACUGGUGCAGGGAGUUCAUUCCUGGCUAAAAUAGCAAUUGUGCUGGGCAUAGCUGCAAUAGCCACAGUGAUAUCCAUUGGCCUCAAGCAGCCUGUUCUUGGAUCGUCACUUGGAAUUCAGUUUCUGGCUGAAGGUUCAUCCUCUUCAGUAAUGGCUGCACCCCCUGUUGGUUUUACUUUCAAAGCUUUUGGAUACAGAGUUAUACUUCCAGAAUAUGCACCAGGAUGGAUCUACUUUUGGUUACUUAUGGCUGCUGGAUGUGGACUUUUCAUUAGUGAAGAGGCUCUAAAUAUUUGGGUUGGCAUAACUUUAGCUCGAAUGCUAUCUUUGGAUGGGACGUGGCAAUCUUUUGCUGAAUCUUUCUCGAGAAAUAUUCCAUACAUAACAUCCACUGUUCUGUGGGUCUACUGGGGAGUUUGCAUCAGUGAUCUGAUACCAUUUUAUCUAGGGAAGCUUUUCAGGCAAUCUGGGGCAUCUGAUGAUGUUUGUUCGAGAUUAGGUAUUGGCAAAGAGAAGGCCUUAAGCAUUACUCGCUCGGUGCAAAAAUAUGGCAAUCUCACAGGCUUUGUAGAACGAUUUUCCCUAGGAGUGAGAAAUCCAACAGCUUUCCUGGCAGGGGCAAUGGGCAUAUCUCCAGAGUGCUUCUUUGCUGGAGUCUGUUGUGGUGGCUUGAUCACUCUUCCAAUUCAGUUAGGGAUAGGAUUCCUGUUGAGAGAGCGCCCUCUAUUUGCCCUUGCUACCGUUGCAACUGUGGUGGGAAUUUGGACUGUUUUCCCAUAUGCUGUGGCUGCUUCAACAGCAUUGUUCCUUUUCCUGCGACGCCGCUACUCCUCUUAAUCCUCAGGAUCAUUGCUUAAUUAAUUAGCUCCCGGAAAUAGAGGAUAAAAGCUUAGGAUAUUUACAUGUAUCAAGACAGUAGAUACAUAAAUUGUAACCCUAUUCUUUUUCAACAUAAUGAAAUUAGCCGGUCACUCUUAUACA